AAAAAUUGUCGUGCGCAUGAUCACCACAAGUGUCAACAUGGCUAAAAAUUAAAAUAUGGUGUCCUGUCAAAAACGAUAAUGGAUUUGUAGAUAAGAUUAGAAAUCGCUUUCAAGAUCCGUUGUUUGCAGAACGAAGACAAAUAUUUUAGAAAAAAUGUCCGGUUUUGACGAUAAUCCCUUCGGUGAGCCAACAAUUGACAACCCUUUUGCGGAUCCUUCGGUUCAACAGGUUGCCAGGAACACCAAUGCCCAAAUCAAUGUCAAUGAUUACAACCCGUUUGAUAAUCAACCCCAAAACACAAGGCCUAUGGGGUACAACCAACCCAACACGACGCCUGCGAUCAUGCAGCCGACACAAGAACCACCUGCCUACACCAAAAGCGGCCAACAGAUACACGAGCCCAAGCCGGCUCUCAACACGGAAGAGCUGCAAAGACGUCAGGAAGAGCUGGAGAGGAAGGAAGAAGAGUUAGCUCGACGGGAGGAAGAAAUGCGGCAAUCGUCGUAUAAUGUAAGACGUAACAAUUGGCCGCCUCUUCCCGAACAGUGUUGCUUUCAACCGUGCUUCUACCAAGACAUCCAAGUGGAUAUACCUUUAGAAUUCCAAAAAAUAGUGCGUUACUUGUACUAUCUUUGGAUAUUUCACGGAAUAAUAAUGUUGGUGAACGUCCUAGGCGGAAUAGUAUUGCUAGACUUUAUGAUUAUCGGACUUGGAAUUUUGUAUAUGGUGUUGUUUACCCCGUUUUCUUACUUGUGCUGGUUCCGACCGGCAUAUAAAGCAUUCCGUUCCGACUCGUCGUUCAAUUUCAUGGUGUUCUUUUUCAUAUUCUUCUUUCAGUUUGUUGUUACACUUAUACAAGCAAUCGGAAUUCCCGGUUCCGGGACUAUUGGGAUCUUUACUGCCAUUAAAACGUUCAAUAACGAAGCCUGGAGCAUAAUCAAAGGAAUUCUGGCGCUGAUUAUUGCAGCAGGGUUUGGGUGUGCAGCAGCUGCUGACUUGUUUUUGAUCACGAAGAUUCAUCGCAUGUACAGGAGUACCGGAGCUAGUUUAGCCAAAGCUCAACAAGAAUUCACGACUGAGUUUCUGCGUAAUCAGCAUGUGCGAAACGCUGCAAGUAACGUCGCUGCAGCGGCUGUGCAAUCACAGUUUAGCCAAAACACAAAUCCUAGAUACUAAAGAUUAGUCCAACUGUUGUACUCUUCGAUCUUUCUCAGUAUUUAGUCUUUUUUAAUUGCGUUGAUUGUUAUUCAAAUUAAAACACUUGUGAACGUGAAUUAAACUGAAAAUCACAUGUCUAUGGUUUUGUUAUAUAAAUAUGUAUAUUUCUCUGAUGAAAAUCUAUGUCUGGAGAAGUCGGAAUUGUUAGGUUGUAUUGUAAAUAUAUAUUUUUGCAUUAGUUUCCUAAUGGUUUAAGAAUCAUUUGAUAAACAAAACACAGCUUGUACUUAAUCAUAGGCUUUGUUACAAUUAAUCUUUUUUCAUCACUGAAUAAUAUCCUAGAGUAGUUGUCUGUGUUAUUUAUGUAAUGAUUAUCCGGUACUUUGUAUAUUGAUUUUAUUAAUCUGUUCAUUCGUUCCAGUUUUCUUAUUGUUUUGUAACAUGUAAGAUACACUAAUAUAUUAUAAAAAACC